UUCUAACACACAGCUCAUUACUAUAUGCUAAACAAGUUAACACCUUGUGGAUUUUCAUACAGUAGAUGUAACUUUGAGACCAAUGCACAUUUGAAUCUAAUCUUAUGGACCUUAGUUUCCACAUUCCCACCUGCUCUAUUUGUACCUGGGUUUAGCAUUUGUGCACCUUGUUGUAAAAAGCUUCCUGAGGACCAUGUGUAAACCAGGCCAGGUGGGUCAUCAGAAUAUAGUGAAAUCGUCAAAUAAUUAAAAUGGGUGCAAACUGUACAAUGCUGGGUCUCGUUUCAUCUUUUACUGUUCUCCACAGGUCAUGCACCAGUUGAACAUUCGCCAUGACAACCAAAAUGAAGACUGCGCAAGAGCUUGAAAGCGUCAAUUCAUGUCUUCUAUUGGGGAAUCUCCGAUACACAUUUUUUGCUGUUGAAACCAUCAGAAAGUACAGUAAAAGGAAGUUGAGCUAAAUCCAAAAUACAAUGAGGAAGGAAAUGGAUCGCCUGUCACUGUUUGACAUGAGGCAGGAAAGUGGCAUUGAAAUUAUUUGCCCAGUUGAAGCAAAAAUGUGCAUAUUGCAAAAGGAAAAUAGAAAUUAUUUCGGCACUAACUCUGGACCAUCCAAAAGAUAAUACAAGAGUUUGGCAAAUGAAAGGCUAUGGCCCCAAAAGCCAAAAAAAAUGACAGAUGCAUAGGAUUUUACCUGUCCCAAAGUCACAGGACUCAAAGGAAACAAUGGAAAAUUGGUACAUAAGCGAUGACAGUUGGAAAAGAUGUCUUUAUUUGAAGGGCAAAUUAGUCUAAAACUACUGUUGCGGAGCAACCUGAGAAAGGCAAACCUACAGUUUAAAGAUGCAUUCUCUGACAGUAAGGCAACCUUUUUUAAGGUGUGAAGAACCAAGGGAUUGUGUUGCUAAAGGGAUUGUGUUGCUAAAUUUCUCCCUGCAGUUGAGCAUGCUGGGAAAUCUGAUAAUGAUGAGUGUGGUUUUGGUGGGACUAUUUUACUCUCCGCAGAGUAACACUGACACAAUCACACUCAACACUGGGGUUAUGUUACACCACUGAGUGUUAAUUUAACACUUACAGUCUCAAUGUAACACCUGAAUCCACACUGAAAAAUCAACACUAGGUAACACUGGCCAAUUUGUUGUGCUCUGACGGUUUUGCACGAUUAUGAAACAUUGGAGACAUUGAAAUGUUUGGCAGUUAUCUAAUCACCAAUCCAUACAAUGUGUUACACAUCUAAAGUACUAUAAAGGCCAAACAGGUUGAAUUUAAAUAAGGCUCUUGUAGUUGAUAGCAUUAUCACUGAACCAUUUUUUAAAUACAUUUUUUCAAAUGCUCUUAAUCUAUUGUUAGUGAUGUACUUUCAUUGUUUUGUUUUAUUGUUUAUGUUUCUCAACGAAUCAAGGAGGAUGUGUUUUGUCAGUGUAACUCAAUUUCAACAGGUUCCACCUCUGAUAAGCCAAACCUUUGCCACGCUCCACUCCAGCAGGUGGAGAUAGAGAAAUGUAUUUACUCGUUUACGACAAGAGCGCAAAUGAUUUAUUGUCACCGGAUGUCUUUGUCGCUGAUUCUGCACAUGAUGAAAACGACGGUUUCCCACUAGAUAUUUCAGCCACAAAGGCAUCAUUGGCUACAAAAUGUUAUUUUUGGUAAUCAUUUAAGAGAAGGCUUACACGUAAAAUAAGUUUUUAAUGACAUAAAUUGUAGAAAUAGCGGAGUUUAGCAACAAUUAUGACUUUGUGACUGUGUUAACCAUUCAUCAGCGGUGUUACAUUAGUGACGAAAACAACCCAGACGUUAGCUAGCAACUCGCGUUAUCUAACAAGUAAAAAUGUCUAACAUACAGUUGUUGAGGGUUUUUCUCAACGAGAGAUUAACAUAUGCUGCCGAGGAGAUAUUCGGGGUCGUUGAAAAAACUAUAGUAGAGUAUCAGGAGGAAGUUGUCCGUCUACAAAGGCUGCUCGACAUAGUUCUUAACCCUGAGAUAAAGCUACGCAGGGCAGGUGUGUUACUCGACCUCUCUGUCUCUGAAGUGGAGGUCCCCCCUGAUCUGCAAGAGUGGAACACCAGUCUGAGGCAGGAGGACCCACAGCCCACACAUAUCAAAGAGGAACCGAAUGAAAUCGGGACCAGUCGGGACGAAGAGCAGCUUCAAGGGCUUGAGGCAGAUACCAUAGACUCCACUUUCACUCCAGCCUAUGUGAAAAGUGACUGUGAUGAGUACCCAACUCACCCCUCACAUCUCUAUCAAACCCAAAAGGAAGAAAACGGAGAGAGAGACACUCUACCCAGUACUACAUCUGAACUGAUCGAAACACAACUUGACCGAGAGAACUAUGUAGAAUCAGAACCAACCAGUGUCUCUCAGACAUUCUCUGAAGCAAAUCCAGACUGUUUUGCAGCUCAGAGUGAAAACAGUAAAAGUGUCAGUGGCAUGGAGAAGGGAGGACCUGCGAGAGGUUUUAAGCCCGUCAAAUCAAAGAGAAAAAAUAUGGUAAAAGGGCAAAACUCCUGUAUCACUACUAUGGGCAGCACAUCCACACAGUUGUCCCAUCUGAAAUCACACAGGCAAAGUUUUGCUUCUCCCUGUUGUUGCAAGGUGUGUGGCAAGUUUUUUAAUUACAUGAGUACAUUAAUUAGACAUGUUAAAACCCAUACGGGGGAUAAAGAUCAUCAAUGUGGUGUCUGUGGGAAAAGUAUGGAGUCCUCAGAAAGUAAGAAAGAUCAUCUCCAAACUCACAUUGCAGCUAAUGUUUCUUGCCAUGUUUGUAGUAAAUAUUUUUCCUGUAACAGUAAACUGACAGAGCACAUGAGGAUCCACACAGGGGAGAAACCAUAUCGCUGCUGUGAUUGUGGCCAAGGAUUCAGCACAAGCGGUGGUCUGAAAAGACACACGCGGAGACACUCGGGAGAACAACUGUAUCGCCCUGAUUGUGGCAAAGGAUUCGGCACCAGCGGUGAUCUGAAAAAACACACUAGAAUUUACACAGGAUUAUCCAUAUCGCUACCCUGAUUGUGGCAAAGGAUUCCAAUAGGUUUUAGCUCCAGCAAAUACCUUCUCAGGACACACGCUGUGAGACAUAUGAGCUGAGACAGGAUGUCGAAUCCUGACAGAGAGCUAGCUAACAUUACUAGCUAAAGCUAGCUAGCGAGUGUAGCCACCUAGUGUAGCCAAUUUAUACUCCGCAAAUUCUACCAACUUUUACCACUACGAUACUAACACACUUAACAUGACGCCCUGGACCAGAGCUACUGACAUGUAGCCAGCUAGCUAACGUUAGCCACACAUUUGUAACCUAUAUUAAUUAAAUUCAUAUCACACGAAUUGGAGGGACCGAUACAAAUUCAUACAUAGAAAUGUAACGUCAUACAAAACGGAGGGACACAAGAAAACGUUUACUAUGUUACGGCUGGAGUUCAGACUGCAUACCAUGAGAUGCAAAAAUACCAUCUCAGACAGGCAGCUUCAGACCGCAUAAUCUGCAGCUGGAUGCUUCUCAAGGAUUCAGCAUUGCUGGUAAUCUGUCAAUGCACAUGAAGGUUCACACAGGAGAGAAAAUACAAAAGUAUUCAGUACUGGCAUCAAUCUGAAAGUGGACAUGAGGACUCACAGAAGCACUGUAUAGGUGCAAUGAUUGCAGAGUUUUUAAAAUGUUUAUUAUGGAACUCCUACAAAGUUACAUUAACAAUGGUCACAAGAUGGAGGAAACAUGAUAAUGUGGUGUUUGGGGAAAGUCCUCAGACAGAACAUUUAGAGGUGCAUUCUAACAGACAGAGAGACACUCUACCCAGGACUACAACUGAAAUGAUCAAAACACAACCUGACGGAGAGGACUAUAGAGAAUCUGAACCAACCAGUGUCUCUCAGCCAUUCUCUGAAGCAAAUCUAGACUAUUUUGCAGCUCAGAGUGAAAUCAGUGAAAGUGUCAGUGGCAUGGAGAAUGCAAUAGGUAGAUGCUCCCCAGGACAAUACUCUUGGAUGAAUAAUAUAUGACUGAAUUACCAGUGGUGUAAAAUAACUAAGUUAAAUGACUUCAAAUGACUAUUUAAGGAGUUUCUGGGGGUAUCUUUACUUUACUACUUAUAUUUUUAAAACUUUUACUCCACUACAAUCCUUUAAAAAAUUAUGUGUUUAUUAUGCCAUACAUUUUCCCUGACACCCAACAGACUGGACUCACUAAACAGAGAACAUCCUUGGUCAUCUCUACUGCCUCUGAUCUGGUGGACUCACUAAACAGAGAACAUCCUUGGUCAUCUCUACUGCCUCUGAUCUGGUGGACUCACUAAACAGAGAACAUCCUUGGUCAUCUCUACUGCCUCUGAUCUGGUGGACUCACUAAACAGAGAACAUCCUUGGUCAUCUCUACUGCCUCUGAUCUGGUGGACUCACUAAACAGAGAACAUCCUUGGUCAUCUCUACUGCCUCUGAUCUGGUGGACUCACUAAACAGAGAACAUCCUUGGUCAUCUCUACUGCCUCUGAUCUGGUGGACUCACUAAACAGAGAACAUCCUUGGUCAUCUCUACUGCCUCUGAUCUGGUGGACUCACUAAACACAAAUUAUUUGUUUUUAAAUUGUCUGUUUGUUGCAGUGUCAGUGUUGGAGUGUGCCCCUGGCUAACCGCAAAUAAAAAUAUACAAUGGUG